GCAAGCAUCGGCCUUUCACCUCUCGACUCCGUCCGCGACCGCUAUCAGCUCGAGACUUCUACGGACGUCGCCACCGGUCUCUUGGGCAUCGGGAGCGUGGCGCGCUCACGUUCGGCUACAGGCGCGAGGCGACAGCGCGUCUUUCCCUCUCCGACGACCGCUGUCACCCGCACGCCAUGGGCGAAGCGGCGAAGCACGAUAGGAAGGUAAAAGGGACGCGCAAGAAGCACCAGCGCCACAAGCCUCCCAAGGAGACCAGAUGCAAAAGCGCCAAACACGACGGCCAUAUAGACAUGGUCGCAAUUGACAAAGAAGGCCUGGAAGCUGAAGAAGCUGAAGGACUCCCGAAGCCGGAAUCUCCAAAGUGCGCGUUUGACCCGGUUACUGGAUUGCUGGUGACCAGACAUGUACCUGCUUCCAUACUGGAGCUCAGAAAGAAGGCCACGGCUAAAGUGGCGGCCAAACAUAAGAAGACCAAGGAAGGCGGAAAGGGCAAGUCUCGAGGGCAAGGACCGUCCGGGGUUUCGUUGGCAGCCGUGUCCUCGGCCUGCUCACCCCAGAAAGCCGUCAGCCCCGUCAAGGACGGUACUCUGGACCAGAGCUGCCACGGGAAGCUGGAGCUGUCCGAGAAACUCCCCGAACAACCGGUGACGGUGCAGGACAGGCAUACGCACACAGACAGCGACCGGGAAAAGUCGGAGGAUCCUGCGGGCUUGAUGUACAACCCGUCGGCAGCAACCAACAGUACCGCUGCUGGCCGCAACAACCUCGCCAGCUUCCGCAGAGCCUUGGCAAACACCAGCAGGCGGGUCUACGUCGCCGCCGGUCUGGCUGUCCUGCUGUUGGCGGGUCUGGUCGUGCUUCUGGUGGCACUCCUGUUUCCCAACCGCGCCAAGAAAGCGGCGAUGUCGCCGAGCACCAAGCCGACCACUAGGCCCACGUAGCCCGGGAAACUAGUCGUCGAAGCCGUCGGCAGCAACGUGGUCUCCAUUGUUGGGGCCAGUUCAACACAGGUUCAGGGAGCCCCGAGUGCCAGAGACUUCUUUGAGCCUGCAGUCAUGGGUCACGCCGGUUUCCGACUCGACCUGCGGCUCGAUCGUCGGAGUUCAUGCAAACGAUGCUAUAGUGAUGUCGGCGUUCUUGGAUUUCCUGGAAGCAGAGCAACGUUUUUGGUAGUAGAUGGGAAGCUUAUGGAAGCCGUACAUCCUGGGAACGCAGGUUCUCGGAAGCAGAAUUGUCUGGAAAUUCUACAUAUGGCGGAAGUUUUCGUGUGCAAAAGUUCCUAUAACCACGAACAACACCUUCGGCUUGCCUUAGUUGCUUCCGUCGAAGCUUUGCCGUUUUCUGACGCAGUUUAUGUAGAUAUACCAAGAGAAUAGUUUCACUCAAAAAGUCAACUACAACGGCACUUCUCUAGCAGCACUCGGCGCGUUGCUAAAGCGCCCGAUGGAAAAUGUUUCGUACGUGCACCGAUACCACGACUUCUUUCGUAGGGCCUGCAUUCUUCUGUGCGUUACAGUUUGUGCCUUGACUUGAAAAGUGCUCCACUUCGCGCACGCGUAUAGGCCCGUUUUCAAGCCUUGCUUGACUCAUCGUACUUGCGCCAUUAAUUUUCAUAACGUGCUGGUGUGCAUUGACGUUGUACAGAUGCCGGAAGGAUGGCACUCGGCUUUGUUUUCGUCGAGACGCACCGAAAUAUAGAUGUGAAGUUUGAAUCCUUACGAUGUGCGAUAUUUGUCGGUGGGUUGUGGAAAUUGCGGUCACGAAGCGCUUCUCAUUCGCUCGAGUGUUGGCCCAACGACCUGCAUGUGGAACCCACAUGAAAACGCACCGCCUUCAUGUAAUUGUGCUUCUGUUAGAGCACAUUACAUUAUUACCUGUCACAAGUCCAUAAAGAUGUCGCAUCGGUUAACCACAAGACAAUAUAGUAAAACGA